AUGAGUUCUAAAUCAAGACCAAGAUGCUUUUUUGAUAUUAAAAUCGAUGACAAAGAAGUUGGUCGUAUUAUAUUCGAAUUAUUUAGUGAUAAAUGUCCAAAGACAUGCGAGAAUUUUCGAUCAUUAUGUACUGGUGAAUCUGGUCGUGGUUCAACAACACAUAAAAAGUUACAUUACAAAGGAUGUUGUUUUCACCGUGUUGUCAAAGAUUUUAUGAUACAAGGCGGAGAUUUUUUAGAGGAUGAAAACCUUGAAAUAAAACAUGAUUGUCCCUACUUGUUAUCGAUGGCUAAUCGGGGCCGAGACAUGAAUGGAAGUCAAUUUUUCAUUACAACAGCUCCAGCACCUCAUUUAGAUGGUCUACAUGUUGCAUUUGGUCAAGUGAUCAAUGGUCAAAAUGUCAUAAAAGAAAUUGAAAAUUUACCCACUGAUGCAAAUAGUCGGCCAAAAUCAAAUGUGACGAUUUCACAUGCUGGUGAACUUGUAUUAGUCAAAAAAAAUGAAAAAUCUAAAAAACGUAAAAAGCACACCGACGAAAAUGAAGAUCAUCGAAGUCGCUCAGAUUCAAGUUCAAGUUCAUCAUCAAGUUCAACGACGGCAAGUGAGACAAGUGUCGAUGAAUCAGCGACAACGACAGCAGCAGCCGCUUCAGAAAUGAAUGAUUUAGAAGAUGACGGUGAUAAAAAUGGUGAGGUGCAAUCAAAAACGAAAAAAGAAAAGAAAAAAUUAAGCAAAAAGAAGAAAAAGAAGGAAAAACAUCGCAAAAAAAAGAAGCAUGCAAAAAAAUUAGCUAAAUUAGCAAAACUUAGCGAACAACAAGAUGACCACGAAGGAGAAGAAGAUCCUGUGCAAGAACAAGAAAAUAGAAACAACACAUCAGACGAAAACGAAGUUUCUGGACGUGAAAUGAUGGGACUGAAAACGUCGGUCGAUCCAGAAGAAAUACCUGUACAAAAACUUUUAUUAAGAAAUGUGAAUGAUGGGCUAACACAACAGCAAAAUCAAAAUGAUCAGGAUAAACAGACAUCUUACAAUGAUACAAAUCAGAGGCAAACUCGCAAUCAACAUUAUGAUCGUGUAUAUCAAAAAAAAGAUGCAAAUGGUAGACCCGUGAAAGGUCGUGGAAAUUUGCGCUACACUGGCCGAAAUCAUUCUCGCUCUGUUACUCCACCUCACUGGCGUUCGGCAUUACGCGAUCGUGAGCAUCUUGAAGAGAGAAAAAAUGAAAUGAUUACAAGUGCAAAUAAUGCGACUAUUGAUUCGCAAGAAAGCGGAAAUGGCAAAUCCAACGACAUGUCUGAUGACCGUAACCAAAGUCUAAAACGCUCUUAUUCUCGUGUGAAUAAUGAGGAUGAGCCACAACCACAACAACUGUCGCUUGAGAAUGAAGAAAAUGAAAAGGAAAUGGAAGAUAAUUCAGGUAAACGUUCAAAACGUUAUAAUGCGACCGAAACCCAUGAUAAAAUUCCACAAAAACAUUCAAUUCCGAGUGUUAUUCGCCGAACAUCACAAGAAAAGUCUCCGACAAGGCAAUCACAUCACGAUCAACAGCAACAUUAUCGAAGUGAGAGAGGAGACAGAGAUGGACACUAUCAUCGAACAACAUCACGACACGGAGAUGAUAAAUCAACGAACGAGAACAAUAACACAAGAAAUCCAAAGCACAGUGAAGAAAAUCAGAUGGAAAACAAUAAAGAACAUGCUUCAACAACAACCUCGACAAAUAUAGAUACAGAAUUAUCAAAUAUGGCUAAAAGCCAACAUCCAUCAUCUUCAACAAAUUCUCGCCGUUCUCGUUCUAAUUCACCUUCUACCAUCGAUCAUCGGCGAACGGAUUCGUCGCGUGGAACGAGAGAUGAUCAGUACCAACGAAAAGACUCUUCUUAUCGUCAUCGCUGGGAUUCUAAAGGAGAUCAGAAUCAUUCAGGUAGUACUAGUAAUAACCGAAGAGAUUCCGAUCGUCAAUAUCGUUCAUCGCAUCGGAGUAAUCGUGAUCGAGAGCGAGAUCGUGAUUCACCAAGCAGAACAAAUCGUUCACCUUAUCAUUCAUCGUCUCGUCACUACACCGAACAUCGUCGAACACCGUCACCGUCGAAAAAUGAACAUCGACUUAAACCAACAGAAAAUAAAUCACCAACAAAACAGCAACACCAAGAACAAGACGAACCGACAAUAAACGUAAUUUCUGACCAUAAUACCUCUAUACCAUAUAGUGGAAAUAUCCCAUCUGACUCAUCACGUGAUGAUGUUUCAACAAUCAUAGCAGCAUUACGAGAAGUGGUUCAUCAACCUCCCCCUCCACCUCCUCCUCCACCAUCUACUCAAGCUGCUCCAAAUCUACACAUUUCCACACAACAUGCGACAACAAAAACUCGAAGUCGUUGGGAGAAUGCCGAUGAUUUUACAAUUCGUCAGAGUGUUGCAAAUCCAACAGUCUCGGCCAAUGUUGCUGCUCACCAUACGUCUGGGAAUGAAAUGUCACUUGAAGAUGAAUUAAGAAUGAUUGCAAAAUCUUCAGGUAGCUCAGCGCCUGCAUCUAUCGUUAAUGAUCUAUACAAUGAAAUACAACAGCAACCAAUCUAUCAUGAGGAUAUUCAAUCCGAAUAUACUGAACGAGAACAAUCUAAGCAAGAGCAAGAAAAUCCUAUUGAAUCACAAGCUAAAAGUCCUCCACAUUCCACGACGAAAUCAAAAUGGGAUGAUGAUGAACAGGAGAACGAUAGUAAAAUGGAAGUUCAAGAACAGCACUCACGAGUUGGAGAAAAAAUACAACAACAGUAUGAGCAGAAUAUGCGUGCAAAAUCACCGCAAAAACUUGGAAAACAGAAAAUAAUCGAUUCCAAUGAUGGCGACUUGAAGGAUAAAAACAAACACGAAAAACCAGACAUUUCUGAGAAAAGUGAACCAACAUCUAAACGCUCUGAGAACGAUUCGUCGAUCGAUAAACAUUCACCAUCAAAAAAAUACCAGAGCCGUUCAAAAAGUCCAUUAGCUAUAGCGCGGAAAGAAACAUCUUCUAAACGAGUAGAAUCAGUUACUGAAACGAGUAAAAAACGUGAUGAUUCUACAUCAUCCACAUCGUCAAGUAAUUCAACAAAAUCUUCUUCAUCUUCAAGAAGUUCGAAAGCAAGUGGUCGUGAUAAAAGUAGAAAAGCACGUGACAAAUCUCCACCUCACAAACGAGCAACAAAAUCGUCUCAUCAUAGUGAUCGAGACAGAAGAGACCGCGAUAGACGUUCAAAAAGUCGUGAUUAUUAUCGUUCAUCAUAUAAUUCAUCAUCUCUUUCAAGAAAUUAUUAUGAUUCUAGUCGUGAUUAUGAUCGUGGUUACAAUGGAAGUAGCAGUAGACGAUACGACAGCAGUCGACGAAAUGAUUAUGGAGACAGAUACUAUAAUGAUAGAUAUUACAACGACAGAAGAUCAGAUCGAUAUCGGGACAGAGAUUAUGAUAGAGGUCGAGAUCGUGGUUAUGAUCGAAAACGAGACGGUUAUUCAGAUCGGAAUGAAAAAACAUCUCGACGUCAGCGUACAUCAUCCAGGGAUCGAGCUCGUCGGACUGAUUUGGAAUCAAAAGGAGCAAAAUCAUCCACUUCGACAUCAGAAAAAGUUACCGAAAAAAAACCGAUAUUGAGCCAUUUAGAACAAAUGACUGAACAAAAACCAGUUUCAGAUGGCUCAUCUUCAUCCAGUUCCUCUUCGAGAUCAUCAUCAUCGGAUUCUUCGGUUUCUAGCGGUAGAUCAAGAAAUCGUUCAAAACAAAAUUCAGAAGCUAGAAAUUUAGAUGAAAAUACAAUUGAAAAGAAAACAGUAGAGAAGUUGUUGUCCCCACGUCAUAAACCUGGUAGUCGUCAUCGAUUUCAGAGAUCAGAUUCGAAUGAAGAGUUCGAAACAUCAAACAAGUCGUCUGAUUUAACAUCUCCAGCAAAAUCGAAAGUUGAAACAGUGUUCGACACAAAUUUUGAAACAUCACAACCACGUAUCGCACCAUCUGAGCGAAAAAUUCGUAUUGAACUUUCAUUCGACAAACAAACACCUCAACCGCCACCGGAAAUGCUUCCGCCUACACCACCACCACCGCCUCCUCCCUCACCACCGCCCUCACCAGUAAAUGAAGAAAGCAAUCAACAAAUGUUAGUGCUUCCAGAUGCAUCGUUUAUUUCAACAACAACAGUUACUGAAACAACAACGAUUACAGAGGAAGAAUAUAUAGUCGAACGACAAGAUGAAGAUAUGGAACUGAGUGAUAAUGAAAAAAGUCCUGAACAGCAACAUCAUCAAAUCAGAGAAGAAAAAAUACGUCCUACAUCGUCAGAUGAAGUUCAAUCGGGUUCGAUGUUUUCACCAAAUGAUAAAUCGCAAAGCAAAGAAGAACAAACGGAUUUACCCGUUGGAAGUCUAUAUUCUUUGAGUGAUGACAAUGAUGAGAGUAUGGAUUUGGAUAAUGUUCCAUUACCCUCAGAUGAACCGAGAAGAAUGACAAAUGACGAGAACAGGAAACAACAACAACGUUCAAGAACUCAAAGCUCAAAUUCAAAUCAUUCGAAUGAUGAAAAAAAAGUAGAAGAAAAAAUCCAACGUCGAUCUAAAACUCCGUCGCCAUCGCCCAAACGUGUUUUGAAACAAGAAACAAAGUUAAGACGAACUUCGAGUGGGAGUAGUGUUGAAGAACAAUCAACACAACGUCGAAAACACCAUCGAAAACCUGAUGAAGAAGUAGAAAGGAGUGAACAAGUUCGGUUAAAUGUCGACUCAAAACACAAGGAGACUUCAUCCACUAAAUCUUCGAAGCAUGAUGAUCAUUCAACAUCAAAUCGAAAAGAUACGAAAUUAAUAAAAGACGUUCCAUCACAACAAACGAGCACAAAAUUAGAUAGUCCAUAUCUUCCAGCUACGAAAGAACAGCAACAAGAUAGAUCAUCUCCAAAACGUCGAAGUUCACGUUCAUCGUCAGUUAGUUCGAGUUCUUCUUCGAGUUCGUCAUCUUCAUCUGGAAGCAGGAGUUCAUCUUCAUCUUCGACGGCAUCAGCCAGUAGUUCAAGUUCCUCGUCGAGAUCAUCGUUACGAAAAAAUCGGAAUGACCGUGAUCGUCAUUAUCAUCAUCAUUCAUCAAAACCGAAAUAUUCAUCUUCCUCUCGCCGUGCACAAUCACCUCAUUCAUCUUCCUCACGUGCGAUAGGAAGUUCAGGACGUCCAAGUAACAACAGUAGUAGUUCGCAUCGUCAACGAUCAAGUGAAAGAAACAACUAUUCAUCUUCACGUAGCAACAGACAAGAAGAUAGUCGAAAAUCUUAUAAAAAUCUAUUUUUAUUUAAAUCAUGCUGUCUUGAAAUAAUGUAUGGUGAUUCUCCGAUAAUCGAUAGUCCAACCGGUUAUUCUCCACUUUCUACUAGUGAUAAUAAAUCAACAAUCACAAUGUCUUCUGCUGCGAAAGAUUCUCUAUCGUCGGCAACUCUCUCCUCUUCUUCUCCUUCUUACAAUGCUCGUCCUCGUAUAUUAUUAACCGGUUUACGUCGUAGUGGUAAAACAUCAAUACAAAAAGUGAUAUUCAAUAAAAUGCAACCAUUGGAAACAAAAUUUUUAGAAUCAACUAAACAAAUGGUAACAACUGAUUUUACAUGUGGAUCAUUUAUUAAUUUUCAAGUUCAAGAAAUACCUGGACAAUUGCAACUAUUCAAAGAUCAAGACACAUUAAAUAUUGAACGAUUACUAAGGCAAUGUAAUGCUGUUGUGUAUAUCAUAGAUGCUCAAGAUGACUAUCAAGAAUCAAUUCAGCGUUUAAUAUUGAUCAUUCAAAAUGGUCAUCGUGUUAAUCCUCGAAUACGUUAUGAAGUAUUUAUUCAUAAAGUCGAUGGUUUGGUGGAAGAUACAAAAAUAGAAACACAGCGUGAUAUUCAUAAUCAAGUAUGCGAUCGUUUAGAAGCAACGAAUAAUGCAGGUGCCACUAUUAACGGUGAUGUUGGACAAACUUCUACUUAUGUAGAUUCACAAGAUAUUCUCAUUAAUUUUCAUUUAACAUCAAUAUUUGAUCAUAGUAUAUUUGAAGCAUUUUCAAAAGUUGUACAAAAAUUAUUACCACAAUUUCAAUCGUUGGAAAGAUGUUUAAAUUUAUUGUUAAGUAGUUCAAAUAUUGAACAAGCAUUUUUAUUUGAUGUACAAACAAAAAUUAGUAUUGCCAAUGAUUCAUCACCAACUGAUAUGCAAAUGUAUGAAUUAUGUUGUGAUAUGAUUGAUUUACUGUUGGAUUUAUCAAAUAUUUAUGGACGUCCACCAAAUGGAGAACGAGCAAGUGGUGACAGUCCUGUCGAAUCUGAUCUUGAAGAGACAGAAUACCCAGAAGAACCACCUAAUUUCUGGGAUCAACACAGUAUGAGUAAUCGUAUGAAUGGUGAUGAUGAUGAUCUAGCUCAAGAAAUGAAUUAUAAUGAUCAUAAUAGAAAUUCAUCACAUACUGGCUCUGUGAAUGGUGAUAUUAUGGGUACAACUCCCACUCAACCAACACCUACACAUUCAACUCCUACCGCUAAUGCUGGCGGAAUAGUUCGUUAUACAACCUCAGCACCUGCCUUUCCCGUGUUUGAUAGUAUGUCUUCGUCUAUUAUCAAAUUAACUGGUGGACGAGCGUUAUACUUAAAAGAAAUCAAUCGUCAUUUAGCACUGAUAUGUAUCCUUCGAGAGGAAGCAUUGACUAAACAAGCUAUUAUUGAUUAUAAUGUAAGACAUUUGAAAAAAGCUAUUAUUAAUAUAUUCAAAUUAAAUUCAAGAACAAAUAAUCAGACUUAUCAAAAUAUUAUACGACAGCAAGAACAAGAUAUGACUGAUAUUAUUAAUUAA